CUCCUCCCUAUGGUGAGGUCACAUAGCGAGAGACAGAGGAGGGGGAAGGGAGGAGAGAGACAGUCAGUGCACCUGAGACAGCUGGAAGGAGACGGACAGACACCCCCCAUGUGUGUGCACCCUCCAUGUGGUGCUGAAGGACAGCGCUGAACCCCCCCAUCAUCAUCAGACCGGGGAUUGGAUCCCCACCCUCUGCCCUUGUCUGUCUCCUGCACCACCUACCCCCCCUUCCUUCCCUCCCUCCCCCCCAUGGAUCUUCUGCACUAGCCCAGUCCCCGGGAUCAGGAUCAGGAUGAAAAAGAGCUUUAUGGUGCCGGAGAUUAAACCUUUGGAUGUGUACGAUGCCCAGCAGGCCAGGAUUUCUGCCUCACUCAGCUGGCUCAUCUACAAGAGCUAUGGCAAUGAUGUCCCUGAGGAGCUGGUCUCCCCCUGCUACACAGAUCAGUAUGAACAAGAACAUGUGAAGCCAGCUGUGAUCAGCCUCUUACUGUCAGCAGAUGUGUACUGCAGAGCAUACCGCAAGGCAUUGCCCCAUGACCACUCCCCUCCUAGAGACAAUGCUGCCCUCCUGUUGCUCUUUGCCCGGAAAGGGUGUGCUCCGGUGCAUCAAGGGGACCCUGUGAAGACCAGUGACCUGAGAGAGAAGCCCAUACGUAUGAGUGCCCAUCUUGCUGUCAUUGACUCUCUGAUGAUUGUGUACUCAAGCCACUGCUCAGAGACCCUACCUGCCAGCGAAGAACCUGGACUAGUUGGAGUGGAGUGUAAGCUGCUUGCUUGGGUUGAUAAGAUAAACCGCCAACUGUUGGAGGAAGCAGAGAGGGAACAGGAACGGAAACAGCAAUCUGCCCCAGAGGGAUCAAACCAGGCCGGGUGCCCCUCCCGCUGGUACUGGAAGCUGGUCCCUCAUGCCAUCGCUUUUUGUUUAAAGGAGUCUGGGAAUAAGCCUCCUGUGAUCCGGUAUCGAAAGGACAAGGCGCUGUCUAGGCAGACCCCUUGCUUCACCUCAGUGUCUUCCAUCAGAGACCUGUCUAAUGGGAGUGCACUGGCUGCUACUGUCCACUACUACUGCCCCAGCGAGCUCCGGCUGCAAGAUGUCUGUCUGAAGGAUACUAUGUCCGUAGCUGACAGUCUGUACAACCUGCAGCUCCUCAUAGAUUUCUAUGCCCAGCAUCUACUUCUUCCACCUUGUCCACUUUCCCUGGAAGACUUGCUCUAUGUGCCCACCGUUCUGCGGGUGAAUCUUGUCGCACUCCUAGCGGACCUUUAUUACUGCUUUGAAGUCACUAAACCAGAGUUUGUACAGCCUAAAGAUUUGCAGUCAAGCACUGAGAGCACCACACCCACACCAUCAAGUGCGCAUAGUGGAGGGUGUUCUCCUGUCUUUAACUUCCGACCUGGAACCACAGGAUCCCUCCCUCACUCUUCAUCAAUGUCUCACAUGGAAGGAUUUGGAAAGUCCUGGGCAAAAAACCCAUUAAGCUCCCCGCUGUCUCAGGCAGUUUCCUUCAGCAUACCAUUUGGCCUUGACAGUGAUGUUGACAUCGUAAUGGGGAACCCUGUGAACAUUCUUCGUUCUGUCAGCUCAGAUAGCCUUACACCUCCUGUGUAUGCUCCCUCUUCCCCAAAAUCCCCCCAGUGCAUUACUCGAGCUACCUACAGCCCUCCUGAGGAUGCAGCUGAAUUUCCAACACAACCACGCACCUUUAAGAAGGUCCCAUUGACUGGAAAGUGCACCACAGACCUGCAGGUUCAGGAGAAACCAGGUGGUGGACAAGGAACACAGACAGAAUUGCCCACCAUUGAAGAAGCGCUGCAAAUUAUCCACAGUUCUGAGACUCGGCUGCACCCAGAGGGAGCACCAGAUGGAUUUUACCUUCACUCACCAGAAGAGUCCAAGCCAACUAAAGUAGAGGAUAUGGUUCCAAAUCUGGGUGUGUACAGGACACAUGAUACACCCAGAAGAUUGUCUAGAGAUGACGAUUCUGUGCUAAGAGACAAUAGCCUGGAUUCUGAUGUGGAUGAGAACAGGGCAAAUCAAGAGUCCAGUCGCAGCUCUCUUAGCUCACAAGCUGAUUCCUCUGCUGGAUCGGGUACAAAGAUGACAAGUUUUGCUGAACGCAAGAAGAAACUUGAUGCCAAAGUUAACUCGGAUAGUUCCCCAUCUGGUUCACCCAAUACGACCACAUGGGCCCAAAAGGCAGAGGAGUCUCCUGUAAAGAGUCCCGCUUUAAACUCUGAAAUGAAUCAGCUUGGCGCCAGGCUUGAAGAGAAGAGAAGGGCUAUUGAAGCCCAGAAAAAGAGAAUUGAAGCGAUUUUUGCAAAGCAUCGGCAGCGACUUGGAAAGAGUGCCUUUCUUCAACUGAAAAAUAAGGAAGGGGAAGAUGACUGUGAAGAGGAUGAUCUGAAAUUAUCACCAGAUGAGGGCCUUCCUAAAGAGUUAGAAGAAAGACAGAUGAAACAAAACGAAGAAGAAAAGAAUGAGAAGAUGAAUGAUGGGUCUGUAAAACCACGGGGAGAGAAACAGGUGAGCUUUUCCCCUGAGGUGACAAAAGCAGGACUAGAUAACAAUCUAGGAGACUAUAAUAAAGCAGUAGCAAAAUUAAAUACAGCACUAUCAUCUCUACAGACAGACAUGAAAAGAUUAUCUGACCAGCAGGAUAAGAUGAUGAAGAAAGAGAGCAAAGCUUGGGUCAUCCCAGUUCCAAAGUCCUCCCCUCCACCCCACCGACCCAAGUCUUCACCGCCUACUAGACUUACGAGAGAGUUCCAAACUCCUCGUUCCUCAUCUGCAUCUCCAUCUCAGUCACCUUCACGAAUAGCUCCAAAGUCCCCCCAACCCAACACCAGGAGGUCUUUGCAACCUGUGCCUGUAACACAUAAAAGUCCCAAAAAUAUGCGGCCAGUAGAGCUGAAGCUUCCACCUAUCAACAGAGUCCUGACUCCUCCUCAUAAUGUGGACACCAUACCUCACUUGCGUAAAUUCUCCCCAAGCAAAGUUCAUGUCCAGACGCGAUCCUCUCUACAUUUUGCAGAGGAUACAAAUGAAGGUGAAAACGAGGACAAUUUGCCAACUAAUGAAGUUCAUGGAAACAACUCGCGUCCAGUAGCCUCUGUGGUUCCUCAAAGUAGUGGCAUUGGACCACUGGCUGGGGAGGAGAGGGAAGGGAAGAGGAGCAGUUUGAUUGAAAUCCCAUUGUCUGAUCUGCAACCAACAGAAGACUCGGAUUUAGAAGGAGAAGACUCGUUAGAUGCUACUCCUGGAGAAGAUGGUGUAACACAGAGAGGACUUGGAUUCUUCUUCAAGGGUGAGGCGAGGACAGAGAUGGAGAUGGCCCAAAGGAGAGCAGCCUUGCUAGAGAGACAGCAGAAGAGGAGUGAGGAAGCCAAAAAACGAAAACAGUGGCAGGAGGAAGAAAGAGAGAAAAAAGAGGAGGCCAAACCGCAGGAGGAGCAGCAGCAGCAACAACAACAACCGCGGCAGCGUAAGGAUGAAGAUGCGAUUCUACGUCGUGGUGACUUCACAAGGCUGGAGUAUCAGCGUCGACACCAGCUGAAGAUCAUGGAAGAUCUGGACAAAGUUCUUCGGCAGAAACCAAUGACCGUCCGGGCUGUUAAGAAGCCUCGACCCAAGACCAUCUUCAAUGAUGACUCGAUGAUUGCCCGAAGCCCUGUCAGAGGAUUGCUGGGUUCCAAGCUAAGUAAAGUUUAUUCUCAGUCCACCAUGUCCCUCUCCACGGUGGGGAAUGAAAAUGGCAGUGGAACUAUGAGGAAGUCUCCCAGAUCUCCAAGAGCGAUGUCUCCCUCUGGUCUCAUGUCUCCCAGCCGGGGUCUCUUCACUCAGAAUGGCGAUAAGGAUUGGGACACUGGAUCCACAGCCUCAUCCCCUGCCUCCAUCCCAGAAUACACUGGGCCAAAAUUGUACAAGGAACCAAGUGCAAAAUCAAACAAAUUUAUCAUAAACAAUGCAUUAUCUCACUGCUGCUUGGCAGGCAAAGUCAACGAAACACAGAAGAGCAAAGUCCUUGAGGACAUGGACAAGAGCCAGUCCAACCAUUUCCUCAUCCUGUUCCGUGACAGCAGUUGCCAGUUCCGAGCAGUCUACACUUUUUCAGCUGAGACAGAUGAACUGACCCGUCUGGCGGGCUUUGGCCCUCGCACUAUCACCCUGUCUAUGGUGGAAGAUAUCUACAAAUACAGUUCUGACAGAAAACGCUUCACCCAGAUCCCCAGCAAAACCAUGUCCAUGAGUGUUGAUGCCUUCACAAUCCAGGGCCAUCUGUGGCAGACCAAGAGACCUACUACACCGAAAAAAGCCAGCACUCCCAAAUGAAUGCCCCGUACAGUCUCCAGCAUGCUACUAAGCAGAUGGUUAUUGUUAUCCAGUGUUGGGAUAUUGUGUUUGACUUCUGAUUUAAGCUAGGUCAAGGUAUUCUGUUCUAGGAACCUCACUGCUUCUACUUUGACCUGGCCGAGAUGGUCAUACUUCUAAAUUAAGUUGGAACGUAAUGUUGAGACCUUUCUGUAAGUUUGGUUGGAACGUCAAGUUUAGACUUUCCUAUAAGAUGUAACAGCUAUUCCACACUGUCUGGAGGUGGUUUGGCUCUUAAAACACUUGUAUGCAACUUUCUGAACUAGCUUCUUCUUUUUUUUUUUUUAAAC